UGCGGGGAUGGCUGAGAAGCUGCCUGGAGCCGACGAGCGAGGCUCCGCGGCCUGGCUGUCGCCGAGGAAAUGGCACCCCGAGACCGGCCAGUAACCGCGCACUUUGCCAUGCGUAAACGCGGGGCCCGGAAACGUCUCAAGGCUCGGGCUGGCGACGUCUGCUUGGAGCGCGUGACCGUAGCCGAUUAUGCGAAUUCGGAUCCCUCCGUGGUGAAAUCCGGACGCGUAAAGAAGGCUGUGGCCAACGCGCUGCAGCAGGAAGUAAAAUCACUUUGUGGUUUGGAAGCCUCUUAUGUACCAACUGAUGAAGUGUUAUCAGUGGCAGAAUCUUGUGAUAGUUGUGAUGAAAUGGAUUCUAAGGAUAUCACCAAUGAUUCAAUAUUGUCUGGGAAAAAGAAAAGCAAGAGACAUAAAGAUGAUUCUGACGAGGUGAUAGGCAAAGACUAUCCCAUUGAUAUUUGGUUGGUGUUGGCUUCCUACAUACGUCCAGAAGAUACUGUGAAUUUUUCUCUUAUCUGUAGAAAAGCCUGGAUUGUCACUUGUACUGCUGCCUUUUGGACCAGACUUUAUAGAAGGCACUACAACAGAAAUGCAUCCCUCCCCGUCCGUUUACAGCCAGAGUCAGUGGAAAAGUUGUACUGCCUUCGUGCGUGUGUAAUUCGGUCUUUGUACCACAUGUACAGACCUUUUGUUUCUCAGGUAGCCAGGAAUCCAGCUAUCCCAGAAACUACACCAAGCACUCUCAAAAAUUCAAAAUGUCUGCUUUUCUGGUCUAAAAAAGUUGGUCGACAGCCUUCACUGUGGGAAUUCAGCUUCAAAUUCCAAAGACAGAAUAAGACUUUCAAGAAUAAGUGUUCAAAACAUCUUCAACCACCCAUCCGGUACAAAGAUGUCCACAUGAACCCUGACCAAGACUGCUGUCUGCUGCAGAUCACUACUCUUGAUUUCAUAUAUAUUCCUAUAGUCAUGGGCAUGACAGUUACUUUGUUCACGAUAAAUGUGAGCACUGACAUGAGGCAUCAUAGAGUGAAAAUGGUGUUCCACGAUUCUCCAGUUUGGAGUGGCAAGAAACACAGAUUUGACCAUGGAGUGCAAGUUGUAAUGGACCCUGUGCACAGUGUGCGCCUUUUUGAUUGGUGGCACCCACAGUUUCCUUCUUCAUACACCUGAAAACUCUCAAGUAGUUUGUCAUAUGAACUGAAAAAUAUUUCAAGAAUCCUGGUUAUAUUUGUAGACUAUAUUCUAUAUACCAUCUCCAUAAAUGACUAAACUUGAUAA